UUUACGAAGGGAAAACCACAUUUAAUUAAAAAUUUCGAGCAAAAAUCACAAGCUUCGGAUAAAAUUUAAUUUCUAAAGUGGAUAAAAAUCAAGUUGCUUUUAACAAAUUGAAGAACAGAAUUGGUUUUUCCCAUUCUAUCGCGCACGCUCUAUCUUUGUAUACACAGGUCAAAAAGAGCGGGGGGGAGAAAUCGGCACGUCACGUGUUUAGCAUUAUUUCGGAAAAAAAGAUAAACAGCCCGACUCGAUGGUAAUAAAUAUUUAAAAAAAAUAAAAUAUAUUUUCCUUAAUUAAUUUCGGUAUAAACAAAAAAAUAAUUUCGAAAAAUGCAUUCGAAUCGUAACUCUCGUAACCAACCCUUAUUGCAGAAAUCGAUCAGUCGCGUUUUCCGCCGGGUGGCGCCGUCUUCGUCUGGCAGACUUCCAAAUCGGUGCACGUGCGAGCAGCCGACAUCCAGGCGUCGUCUAUCCCGAGUCUCUCUUUUUCAGCAUGUGGAUAGACACACGAAUGCUGCUUAAGGGUAGAAGACGGUAAACCAUGACCCAAAGUCUACUUCAUGGGAAGAACUUUUAUUGUCGGGAAUGGGUAUUUGCAAAAUUAUCACAUUGUUUGGAAAAUCGAAAUUCGGCCAAAACAAGUGGAGUAUUGGUUGUUGGAGGUCCCGGAAGUGGAAAAACGGCAGUUUUCUGCGAAUUGGUAUGGCCGUCCAUCGAAAGAGGAAAGCAGAACACCUUAAGCAAACGAAUCCUCGCUUACCAUUUUUGUCAGGCCCACGAUAUUAAGACCUUGUCAGUUAAAGAUUUCGUCCAAUCUCUGGCGGAACAACUCUCUAAAUCAUAUUUAGCUGGAUCAUUUAACGAAAAGUUAAAAGAUAUCGAAAAUUCGGGUGCCGUAGGCCAAGAAGAAAACCAUUCCUCCGUCGACGAGAUAUUCAAGAAUGGAGUUCUUUAUCCUUUACUGGAAAUCGAACCACCAAACCAGCCAUAUAUUCUGUUGGUGGAUUCGAUAGACCAGUCAUGUCUUCACAAUGCUCCCGAUAGAGGAAGUGAAAGCCGUAGCAUUGCCGAACUGCUUUCAAACUACCAUCAUUUGUUCCCGCAAUGGCUGCUGUUAGUAUGCUCGGCAAGAAAACAAAAUAAAUCUAUUACCCGUUUAUUCACGGGAUUCCGUAAGAUAAGCCUCGACGACUUGCGAAAAUCUCAUGUCGUGCGGGAUGUUCAGCAGUAUAUACUCAGUCGAUUAGAUCAAGAAGAAGCUCUGAGACAGCAUUUGAAUAGAGAAACAGCCGAAAUGCUCAAUCAGCUUCACAUUAAAAGUAAUGGCUGCUUUAUAUAUUUAGAGAAAGUUCUAGAUGGGGUAGCGGAGAACUUUAUUAUGUUGAGAGAAAUUCGAGAGAUACCGGGAACUUUAAAUGGAUUAUAUUUAUGGUUAUGUCAACGUAUCUUCGUCCGGAAACAGUUUCUUAAGAUUCAACCGAUUUUGAAUGUUAUUCUAGCCACGAGGAAGCCUCUAACCGAAAAUCAAUUAUACGAAUGUGUAUGGACCAAAAAUACUCAUCUCACUAAAGAAGAAUUUAGUAAACGUAUGACACUUCUUUCUAAGUUAUUGGUCGAUGACAUUGAUGGAGCAAAAAUUCUCUUUCAUCAUAGCUUUGCCGAAUGGUUGCUCGAUGUUAAACAUUGUACUCAGAAAUAUCUUUGUCACGUAACGGAAGGUCACGCCAUGAUCGCUAUGUGGUAUACGCGUCAGGCACCUAAUUUAUCACCGGAAGAAGUAUGCGAUUUUGCCCUUCACUUAUCAAAAAUACACCCUUCGCCCGUUCUUCAACCUCAUCAUUUACCACUGUGGUUGGUAGUAUCCGGUGCGCCCGUCGAAGCAUCUUUGAUGGAAACACCUCCACCCAACGAUCAGAAAGUUUUAAAGUUACUUACUGAUGCCGGAGCGCAAAUGCCAGACGUUGUAAGAGACGAAAGUGAGAAAGAAUCUGUAAACACCAAUAAAAUUCCAGAUGAUCCUUUAGAGGCCCUUCUACAAAAUGGUGGUAAUAUUAAUCAGAUCGAUAGUAACCAGAGAACUCUUCUUCAUACAGCCGCAUACGACGGAAACGAUAAACUCGUUCAGAGAUUAAUCGAAAAGGGAGCAGACAUCGAAACGAUCGACAAAAAUGGACAGACCGCACUUAAUUUGGCGUCGAGACAAGGUCAUCUCUCGGUGGUAGAAGUGUUGCUCAAAUCGGGAGCGGAUCCGGAUCAUGCUGAUUGUGACGGAUGGACAUCUCUCAGAUCAUCCGCUUGGGCUGGUCAUAUCGACGUUGUAAAUGCUUUGCUAGAAAAAGGAGCUCAAGUUGAUCUUGCCGAUUCAGACAUGAGAACUGCCUUGAGGGCAGCUGCUUGGGGAGGCCACGAUGAUAUUGUUCUGACACUGCUGCAGCACGGUGCCUGCGUGAAUCAAGCAGAUAACGAAGGAAGAACCGCUCUGAUCGCCGCUGCCUAUAUGGGACAUUCAGAAAUUGUAGAACAUCUCUUAGAUCACGGAGCAGAAGUUAAUCACGAAGAUUCGGACGGACGCACCGCUCUUUCCGUGGCAUCUUUAUGUGUUCCAGCAUCCGAAGGUCACGCAGAUGUUGUUAGUUUACUGUUGGAGAAAGGUGCUGAAGUAGACCAUAGAGAUAAAGAAGGAGUCACGCCAUUACUCGUGGCCGCUUUCGAGGGUCAUAGUGAAGUAUGCGAAUUGCUGUUAGAAGGAGAAGCUGACGUUGACCAUGCCGAUAACAAUGGUCGUACGCCCAUAUUCGCCGCAGCUUCCAUGGGUCACCCCGCUGUCGUUAGUCUUCUGUUGUUUUGGGGUGCCGCAGUGGAUGCCAUUGAUAGUGAAGGUAGAACUGUAUUGUCGGUGGCCGCAUCCCAAGGAAAUCCCUCAGUAGUUCGGCAACUUUUGGACAGAGGACUUGACGAAACGCACAGAGACAAUGGAGGGUGGACGCCUCUGCAUUAUGCAGCAUACGAAGGUCACGAAGAAGUCUGCGAAAUUUUAGUAGAAGCGGGCACAAAAGUUACAGAAGUCGAUAAUGACGGAAGAAUACCUCUGAUUUUGGCUUCUCAAGAAGGACAUUCCAAAUUGGCAGAAAAAUUAGCUAAUUAUAAUCGAGCUAGUAUUGAUCAUAAAGCACACGACGGAAGAACAGCUUUAAGAGUUGCGGCUCUAGAAGGACACAAAGAAGUAGUUCAAGUGUUGCUUUCCCAGGGUGCCGAUGUGAACUAUAAAGAUGCGGAUGGUAGAUCGACUCUUUAUCUGUUGGCUCUCGAUAAUAGGAUAGAUAUGGCCGAUUUCUUGGCUUCUUCUAAAGCAGAUUUGGAAGUGACGGAUGUAGAAGGCCGAACGCCUCUUCACGUGUCGUCUUGGCAAGGGCAUUACGAGAUGGUGGAACUUUUACUGAAUCACGGAGCAAAUGUUAAUACGACCGAUAACGAUAAAAGAACAGCACUGCAGUCGGCAGCCUGGCAAGGUCACGUUAACAUUGUAAAAUUGUUGCUAGAGAGAAAUGCCCGAGUGGAUCACGUUUGCAAUCAAGGUGCCACCGCUCUAUGCAUCGCUGCCCAAGAAGGUCACGUGGAAGUAGUGAAUGUGCUUUUACAAUAUGGCGCAGAUCCCAAUCAUGCCGAUCAGUUCGGACGCAAUCCACUACGCGUAGCCACCAAAGGAGGACACACGCCAGUAAUUCAAUUAUUAGAGGAAUAUAUAGCAUCUAAUAGCAAUCAUCGACGUCAGGGGUUACAAUCCGGAAGUAUUAGUACCACUUCUCUAACUUCGGCUUCUACGGCCGAAACUAAACCUUGUAGUGCCAUUCUGUAUCAACCGGGUUUAUAUAGUUCUCCGGAAUCGACGGUGGAUCCGAGAAAAUCGAGCGUGUCGAAUCGCUCCUCGUCGAAAUCUUCCAGUAAUCUAACUACAUCCACGAAAUCUUCUCAUCGAGGAAAAGAAAUGGUUAACGGCAAUGCUCCGAUGACAUUCACACAGCAAUUACAACAGUGUAGCCGACCGAGACAUAGGAUAAGCCAAAUUCUUUCGCCACUCAGCGAACCUCGCAGCCCCAUACCCAGUCCGCCUCAGUCACCACUCAGUGAUACAGAUGGAACGUCUCAUCCCGUCCAUGUGCCCCUCGUCAUCCAACCGUUAAAAUCCGAACCGAAGACGCGAAUUCAGGGACCAGAAAGUCCUCGAAGAUCCCUAUCAAGGACUCAAGAACAAAAUCGAUUUCGUAGGAACGGUAUCGUGACCAAUCCAAAUUAUAAAGGAAUGGCCACGAAAAACUCGUUCGGAAUCGACGGAGGAAUGAACUCCAAUCAGUUUUUGAGGAAUAAACACAUUCCUUGUCAUUACGAAGUGGCACUCAAACCCAGUGUCAAGAAAGAAACUCCUUUAUAAUUUGUGUAUUCUUUAAACAGUUUGUAUAUGAACAAUAUUCUCUUUCGUUUGAAAGAAAUUCUAAAUUUCUAAUCCAUUUCGAAUGGAUUUAUAUAUAUAUAAAUAUAUAUAUAUUCAAAGGCAGCUCCAUGUGUAUAAACGUUUAAGAUAUCAAACAAUGCAAUGCCCUGCUUUUGAAAGCAACAAUCUUUACUGCCAAAAUAGAAUUCCGAAAAAUUAAAAAAAUAUAUAUAUACAUACAAAUAAUUUUAAAAAAAUCGUUUAUUGCUCGCUUUAUUAUUUCUUAAAAAACGAUAUAAUUUUUUAUCGUUAAUUUAAUCGAACGAGAUUCAUCAGAUUAUGAAUCUCGUUCGAUUUUGUUAUUUUUUUAUAUAAAAGAAAAGUAUAAAAAUCAGAAAUUUAAAUCAUCGAUUGAUUAAAAAACAAACUACGAAGUACAGAAAGUAUAGAAAAGUUUAUGAAUAUUCAAUUGGAAGCUUUCUUAAUAUAUUACGGGAUUAUUGCUAAAGAUACUCAUUUGACGACAGGUGAAACAUUCGUUAAAUAAUUAUAUUAGUCAUGUUCUUUAGUGCUAAUAGUGCGCUUUCUGGAACAACAAGUGGGUUCCACGAAUAUAAUCUAAUCGCGAUGACCAAAAAAUACUUUAAAUAGUUUCAUUUAGAUUAUCAGUGCUUUAAAAGUAAACAUUCGACAACUUUACAGCUUAAUAGAAAGAAAGGAAGGAAAAAAUAAAUAAAUUCUUUCUUUCGUAUUAGUUCGAGUUGUUAGGAAAAGUUGUAAUAUGAAAAAACGAAAUCGUUAUGUUGUAAUAUAGAAUAUUCAAAUUGUAUCCCGACCGGAGAUAACAUUUUAAAACUAUGAUCUCAGAUGUACGUGGUUAACAUCGAGUGUACAGAAAAUAUAGGGACAAAUAAAGGCUAUACAGUUAUAUCUUGUUUUCUGUGCAGAAACUGAUUUUGUAGAACACAAGUUUUUUAUUUUUUUACUUUCUACUCGUUAACAGGAUUUCCUUUCUAAUUUUAUCUAUAGUUGUAAUUAUUUCAUUAACUGGAGAUGGAUAUCUAAUUGUUUCUAUUGGGAACUGGAAUGGUCUGCAUCGAACCCUAUCGCAUCGGAAUCUCGUAUAGAACAUCUGUUAGGUUGUAAAUUACCCCGAACCUACCCAUUUUCUGUCGUACUCCACCCAAUAAAGCUUUCCCAACAAAGAUUGAUUGGCUUUUGUCCUUUGGAAGAAGAUAUCGCUGGACACUGUUUUAAGUACUCUCCAGUUAGACAAAGAACGUGGAUCACGCUCGUUAAAGAUACUUCGUUAAUUUCGAGCAUUCUUUUAGUUUUUGUUUCAAGCCAAAAGUAUUUAGGGCUCCUUUCAUCACGUCAUUUUAACUCUAAUCCUUGUUUGACUCGCGAAACGUGCAACCAUUCUAUUAAAUAU